UUAGAUUUUAUAAUAUUAUGUUUGUACAAUCUAUAAUUAAGGAUAUAUUAGGUUUUUUUCUUUUUCUUUUUUUUUGGACACAAGGAUAUAUUAGUUAAAAUGUUAUUGGAUUUGUUUUGAUUUACAUAUAAUUUUAUUAUAUUAGGAAACAAAUUUAAUAUAAUAACUUUCCUAAAACACGGUUGGUUUAUGAUAGAUAAUAGGAACCUAGAUAUUAUAUCCGGAAUCUACAACAAAUAUUAUCCUGCCUAAUAUAAUAUCUAUCAGUUUAGCUGUUUAGGAUUGUGGAUUCUAUUACAGUAUCAUAUACAUUAGGUCGGUUUCAUAAAUCUAUAUAUUGAGAUAAAGUAACAAAUAAAUCAUAUGGUUAAACAAAGUCAUUACAAAAAAAAAAAAAAAAAAAUUCAAUCAUGAGAGUGGCGAAGAAGAAUCUGAAGAAGAGUAGUAACGAUGGCAAGUUUUUAUGGUGGAAAAAGAUUGAGAGAGAUGUGUCUCGUCUUGGAGUUACGGCGGCAUUCGAUGUUAAGGCCGAAAAGAAGAGGCGCAGGGAGUGUCUGGCCGAGCUAGAGAAGGUAAAGAAGAGGAGAGCAGAGACGGCAGGGCGACACGAGGAGUUGUUGUUGUUACAAAGAGAACGAGCUAAGGCUGUGGCUCAUCAUGACUAUGACUUGAGUGCCAAGAAAGAGGACGCGUUUGUUCUUCAUCAGAGUCUUGUUAGGUCUAGGAUUUGCUUUCGUCGAGGGGCUGCCAAGCCUAUUGACAUUCUCACCUUAGUAUAUCAUCAUGAGUUUAAUGUGGAUGAUUAUGACCAACUUUUCAAAGGGUUAUCUCUUGGACAACUUGAAGAGCUGUAUUAUGAUGUUCAAGAACUUCUUAAUCAUCAUGUUGAGGGGGAGUUUUGGGAGGCGGUAUUGGUGAUUUGUGAGUGGGAGAUGCGUGAAGAGGCUAGGAGAAAGGAUGACUUAUCUGUUGUUGGUGGUGUGCAUCCGAGUGUCGAAACGGAUGUGAGGGACUACUUGCAGGGGACUAGUAGUUACAAAGAGUUGGUAGCACUACAAUCACAGAUCGAGUCAGAGAUGCGUUCUGGGAAGGCCAAGGUGGUUGAGUAUUGGGAGGCGGUGCUUAGACUGAUUCACCUUUACAAGGCUAAGAUGUUUCUUAAGGACUACCAACACGACAACUCGAAAGACUUCUUCCAAGAAACCAUCAGCACACCAGAGUUGGAGGGCUCUUUCGAAGAAGCAAUAAUUGAUCCUGAAGAAGACGGU